UUUUGUCGCGACGAAAUCAUUCAAGAUCACCUUGUCGCCAUGGUCUGCGCAAAGCUCUGAUGCGCCGCCCACGACCCGAUACGCCAUAAUCGACAUGGCUACACCAUCCAAGACUAAGGCUACAAAGCCUUACAAGGUUGUCAAGCCGAAGAAGAACAAUCGAAGAUCAACACCGUCAACACGGAAUUUCCGCUUCCAAACCUUCACCGAGCGCAUUUCAAAUCUCAAAAUCGAUCCGAUCAGGAGGAGAAGAUAUGUCGAAGGGCAGGAGCAGCUCCCAGAGGAGUCGAGAACAUAUUUCGGUGAAUCUCUCGAGGAAUGGGUGGACAUGAAUCUUUCGCAGACUUUCUCUGCUUUCGCGAAAGAGACAUUGCCGCUAUGUGACAGUCUCGCACUGGUGUUGCACAAUGAGCAUAAGAUCAUGGAUUUGCUGGUCAAAUACAUUGAAAGAGCAGAUGCACUGGCUAUGGAGCCGUUACUCAGUCUGACGGCACAUUUCGCGCAUGAUCUUGACACCCGCUUCGAGAGGCACUUUGCGCGCGCAGUGACAGCCGUCAUUGCUGUCGCAGCAACGCACCCUGACUUCGCUGUGAUAGAAUGGAGCUUCACGUGCCUCGCGUGGCUAUUCAAAUAUCUGUCUCGCUUGCUGGCUCCGGAUCUGCGUCCUCUAUAUGAUCUGUUGGCACCGUAUCUCGGCCGGGGUACACAAAAGCCGUUUGUCGUCCGCUUUACUGCGGAAGCUUUGACUUUCUUACUGAGGAAAGCUGCGGUAAUCUAUGAGAGGGAUCGGACGCCCCUGGAUCUGAUCAUGCUUCAUAUGCUGAAGGACUGCGACGAUAACACGACGAUAUCUCGAUCAGAUAUGCACCAGCAAGGUCUCAUGACAUUGUUCACAGAGGCCAUCAAGAGUGUACAAAAUGGCAUCCAUAGCUGCGGGCUACCGAUCAUCAAGAGCAUGCUCGCCCAUGGAGCCGUAUUAUACGAGAACGCGGGCUCUAUCGUCGGUGACAUUAUGAUUGGCACUUUGACAAGCUUGAUACAUCAUUGUACUCAGGAGACUUUCCAACCCGUUAUCAAGGUCAUUCUGGAAUUUUCCAAGGACAUUUCGCAAACGCAAAGCCAUCGAUCUAUUGAGCUCGCAGCGAAGUCACUGUACACCGUGAUUUCUGUUCGCAAAGGAUCUCGAAUCUCUGAUUGGUCGAUGUUGAUUUCCACAAUCAUGGAGCUAGUCAAUGCCUGCGACAGCCUGUCCCAAAUCGAUGCGGAAACCAGUUCAUCGAUUUUGGCAUGUGUUGCGAUCGCACUACAGACUGCUACUAUAGAUGGCGUGCUUCUCGGUCGGGAACUGCCUGGAAUUAUUCGCAUGAAGAGUUUGGCCCCAUUCUUCCUCGAGUUCUGCGAUCUUUUCUCUCGUCUUGGCUCAGAACGCUACGAAAGCUUCGUUCUUCCUCAAUUCCAACUUUUCUUAUCGAAUCAGGAGUCGAUUCCAUGUUCAAAAUGUCUAAUUCUUAUGUCAAGAUUCGGCCGAAACGAGCAUAAACUUAAACUGCCGCCCGUCGCCGUAGCAAAAAUGAUUAACAAUGUUGGCGACAUCGUCGACUCAGCUAACUCAGAGGACGAGUCAAUACUUACUGCAAACUCCAUAUUGAGCGCACUCCGAACCAUCACGCUCACAGGCUCGCAAGAAGAUCUGCUUAAAACCAUGAUUGGCAGGUCCCUGCGGGCACUUCUUGCAUCCGAUUACCUGUCUCCAUCAGCAAAUCGCAGUCUAACACUCGGACCGAUGUUUUCGUUUCUUCUCGAUCUGCCGGAAGGCGUUUCCAGUGUUGAGCCAAUGUUGGAAGAUCUGUGCAAAAAGAGUACAGAUUGCGUUGACCUGCCGUACUUCUGGAUCAACAUGCUCCGUCUAUUCAAGUCGUCGAAGUGCAUAGAUCUUUCUGCCACCUACAUCGAGACCUUCCGCCAGUCUUUGGUCAAAUGCCUAUCAUCACCUUCGCAUCGCAUUCGGCGAGAUGCACUGGACCUCUUCGAGACGCUGUAUCGAAAGGGCAAUGUCGAGCCACCAAAUUCCCUCCCCAUUAUGAUACUCAUUGAAUCGACACAAAUUUCCUUGGAGACGAGCCGAUCAAUCUCAAUGAACAUUCGACGUCUUGCUCCAGAGUACCACGCCCUUGCUGCCGACGAUGUCAUGUCAAAAGCAGUACCCCACUUCUGCUUUGGUUUACUGCAUCUGAACCUUGCUCAAGCGUGGGACGAUGCCGUCACGACUCUGGUAUCAAUCUGCGAGAAGAAGCAUGGCGAAGAAGUCGUGAUCACUUUGGUGCAAUCAUGGCUCGAAGGCUCAGCAUCUGACGACCGGUUCGAGAAAGCAAGUACGAUGCUCGAUAUCAACUCAGACGGAUUCAAGGUCUUCUCUGACUUCGAAUGUCCCAAUCUUGCCAAGAUAUCUGCUAUUUCUGCUCAAGUCUUCGAUGAGGCCGAAUUUGAAAGACUGAGAACGGCAGGCUCCAUGACCGGCGAUGACAGGCUCGUCGCUUAUCUCACCUCGAAUUCGCGCACCCAAGCCCUCAAGCUCCUACAUAAAGUCCCAUCCCUCGCCGAAAAACGCUCACGGCUACUGGUUCCUGUUCUGCUUGGUUGGGCUGGAGAUGCAUCUACUGAAGCGGAGGAUGAAGAUACUGCGCCUAAUCGUGCCAGAGUGAGGUGGUCUCGCAAGGACCAAAAAGCAAUGCUCUCCGUCUUUGCUCAAUUUGUAAAUCCUCGAGUCCUCUAUCGAUCUGACGAAGUCCGCUCCGCGCUCCUGUCUCUCUGCGCCAAUGGAGACGUUGAGAUUCAGCGAUCAGCAUUGAAAGCUCUCCUAGCGUGGAAAGAUGCAGUUCUGGUGAAACACCAGGAGCAUCUAAGCAACCUGCUCGACGACGCGCGAUUUCGAGAGGAAAUCUCUGUGUUUCUUCAAGGUAACAGCGAAGAUAACAUGGAGGAAGAAUCGACAGCAAUCAAAAAGGAAGAGUACGAGAAACUUAUGCCAGUGCUGCUGCGACUUCUGUACGGCAAAGCAGUCGCGGGUGGCAAGGAGGGUCAAGCUGGGCGACGAAAGGCGAUUUUUGUCGCAUUGUCAAACUUUGGAGAGAAGGUACUUGAUCAGUACCUCUCAAUAGCAAUGGCAUCGCUUGAUGUCACAGAUCUCGAUGAAGACUUGGACGCUCAAAGCCUCACGGCAAAACCUGUGGCGGCACCGUUACGACAGCAAGUCGGAUUUCUAAAUAUGUUGGCGGACAUGUUACAGACUCUCGGUUCUGAACUUGAGUUCAGCGCACCCAGAAUCAUGAACUCAACGCUCCUUUGCACGGUCAAUGCUUCUCGAGGGUUGUCCCAAGAAUUACGAACCGGAGAAACAGUGCAAGAAUCCCUCCUGCGGUCUGUACGGCAAACGGGUCUUCAAUGUCUUGUCAAAAUUUUCACCAUUUUUGAGACAUUUGCCUUUCGUGCACAAGGCAAGAUCAUUGUCGAUGAGCUUAUCAUUCCUCGAAUGGAUUCAUUUGUCGUGGAGAAUGCUCAGUCCAUCUCUGGUAUCUUGCGACUCCUUGCAGCUUGGGCGGAUAGAGCCGACACUGCGACUUUCUUUGCAGGCUCCGGCUCACUCAUGCUUGUCCGGGCUGCAGACCUCCUUCAGGGCCAACACACGAAAGACGAGGUUCGGGUGUUCAUCCUGCAAGAGCUUCUUCCAAAAUUGCUGUCGCCAGAUAUCGACAACCCGAUUGUGCAGCCGGUUGUCUCUGACUUCGUCAAAAGCAUUGGAUCCAUCAUCCAGCGUCAACCAUCUAAGGAUGUGCUGGAUGGAAGCGUCGCCGCAUUUUCUUUGCUGGCGAAUCGCAUAGUCAACAGCGACGAAGCAGCCGAUGUCGUCAGAACGUGCACUGAUCUCCUUAGGAAGCCAUCAAAGGAGGUCUCUCAGCAUACCAAAGCGGGUCUCUUGAAAACUUUGUUGCCGUUGGUCGAAGGUUUCAACCUGGGCUACAACCACGACGACCUCUUCAAUACAAUCUGUCCUCUCUUUUCUCGCCUUACUGAUCCUGAAAAUCGUGCCCUUCUUGCGCAGGUCUUUCAAAAGCUUGUUCGCCGCGAUGAGGCACUACUGCGGACAGCCGAGGCUUGUGGUGACAUGGCUGCUAUGGGAACACGCCUGGAUGAGCCUGACUACGACCGCCGUGAGAAAGCCUUCAAGAGCAUAUACGACAAUUACAAGAUUCUACAUCUUAAGCAGUGGCUUCCCAUAGUGCACAGCUGUUUAUUCUACAUUCGAGACCCUGAGGAUCGUGUCAUUCGUUCGAGUGCAUCGCAUGCACUGACGCUUUUUAUCGAAGCCGCAGCAGGACAUCAAGGGUCAGAGGAACCCGGGUGGAAUGCACUGGUAGAUGAUGCCAUCUUUUCGAAUGUUGAGUAUGGCAUGCGUGCUCCCUCAGAGUUGGUUCGUGCCGAGUAUCUCAUUGUCUUGGGCUGCAUUGUCGAGAAACUACCUACCUUGCCCAAGGUUACAGGCAUGCAGGCCCUCAUUGUUGGUGGCGAUGAGGAAGCCUCUUUCUUCAGCAAUGCCCUACACAUCCAACAUCACCGUCGGCUGCGCGCAUUGCGGCGCCUGUCUGAGGAUUGCUCAGGCUUGAGCGCAAAUUCUGUGACACGCGUUUUCCUUCCCCUUCUUGAACACUUUGUUUUCGAUCAAGUUGAAGGCGAUACUGGCCGGACGCUCGCAGACCAAGCAGUGCAAACAAUAGGUACACUCGCUCAAGCUGUCAAUUGGCAAUCCUUCCGGUCAACCUUGCAGCGAUAUACUGGCUACUUGAAGUCGAAGCCGGACCUUGAGAAGACAGUCCUACGUUUACUCGGGUCCAUGGUCGACGGACUCAACCCUGCUGUGGCCGAAGCUCACAGUGAGCAAAUCAUCCGUGAUCAUUUACCUCCUCUUCUGGAAUAUCUGCAUCAAAAGGAUGAGUCGACCGUCGAUCGCAGAAUGCCUGUCGCCGUUACUAUUGUCAAGCUUUUGAAGAUGCUACCUGCGACAGAAUUUGCAGCGAGACUGCCUGCAGUACUUACUGAUGUCUCACACGUUCUGAGAAGUCGCAGCCAAGAAGCUAGAGAUCAAACAAGGAGAUCAUUGACCACGAUCGCAUCAUUGAUCGGGGCGGAGUAUUUCAAGUUCAUCCUCAAAGAGCUUCGCAGUGCACUUAAGCGAGGUUAUCAACUCCACGUUCUUUCUUUCACAGUGCAUUCACUUUUGGUCAGCAACGCGUUCGUACCUGGCGACUUGGACGAAUGUCUUCAAGAUCUCAUGUUAGUCAUAAUGGAUGACAUCUUCGGUGUCACUGGACAAGAAAAAGAUGCCGAGGAGUACAAGAGCGGCAUGAAAGAAAUCAAGAGUAGUAAGAGUUUUGAUACAAUGGAAUUGCUGGCCCGCACGACACCCAUCCGCAAAUUGGGAGAGCUCAUUAGCCCCAUCCGUGCAAUGCUAUCUGAGAGAAUCGACCUCAAAGCAGUCAAGAAGAUCGACGAGCUGCUGACGCGCCUUCGCAAAGGUCUGGAUCAGAAUCCGGCUUCUGAGAGUCGCGACAUGCUGAGCUUUUGUUGGGAGAUUGUCCAUCAAGUGUACGCCGAGGAUGCCGCUGCUAAUGCACCUGCAGCAAAAGAGGACGAGCGGAGGAAACGCUACAUUGUCCAGCCUGAAGCUCGCCUGACCAAAUCCAAGAACGGUGCAACAUCCUUCCGCUUCAAACUUAUCAGCUUUGCGCUCAACUUACUACGAAAAGUUCUGCGUCGCCAUGAUGAUCUCCAGACGCCGCAAAAUAUGGCUGGGUUCCUCCCCAUCGCAGGUGAUGCGCUGGUACAAGGUCAGGAAGAAGUCAAAUUAGCAGCCGUACGCGUUCUCUCUACAAUCAUGCGUGUUCACAUGCCUCAGCUCGAGGAGAACGCUCCUGUUUACGUCAAGGAAGCCGUCGGCAUGAUCAAAGGUGCUGCAAAUACCACCACGGACGCGUCCAAAGCCGCACUCGAACUCAUCACUUCCGUCUUACGCGAGAAACGCUCCGUGGACAUCAAGGAGAAGGAUAUCGCGCUGGUUCUCAAGUGCAUCAAGACCGACAUCGACGAGCCAGAUCGACAAGGUGUCAUCUACCGCUUCCUGCGCGCCAUCAUUGGCCGCAAGAUUGUCAUCACCGAGGUCUACGAAGUCAUGGAUGAAGUCGGCAAAGCGAUGGUGACAAAUCCAGACCAAUCAAUUCGCGAGAGUGCGCGUGGCGCAUAUCUUCAAUUCGUCAUGGAGUUUCCGCAGGGCAAAGACCGCUGGACCAAGCAAACCGUGUUCAUGGUUGGCAAUCUACAAUACGAGCAUGCGAGUGGUCGACAGAGCAUCAUGGAACUGGUUCAUCAAGUACUUAGCAAAGUCAGCGAGGAUGUCUUGAGUGACAUGGUCGUGAGAAUCUUCGUCUCCCUCCUGCCGAUUCUUGUCAGUGACGUCGAUCGCAACUGUCGGGAUAUGGCAGGGCUACUGAUAGCCAGAAUAUUCGAAAGGGCCGGCGAGCAGAAGCUGAAAGAGAUUCUGGGCAUGAUGGAGACCUGGCUAAGGCCAGAAAAGAAAGCUGGCACGAAGUCUGGUGCACUCCAAUGCUGGGCAAUUCUUCUCCAGGCUGAUCGUGUUUCGGAGAAGCAAAUCGAGAAUUUGAGAAGCAAAGUCCUCGAAUUGCUGACGGACGAGGAUUAUACCGCUUUGAGUGAGCCCCAAGUCACCGUCGAUGCACUCAAGGCGUUUAUCGUACUGGUCGAUGUCAGCCCCAGCGUGGGCCUCAGUCGCAACUCUAGCAAGCUUUGGUCAACUAUCCAAUCCAUCCCAGAGUCCUCGGAAGAUCGCGUCCGUGAGUUGGUUGCUACUCUUAUCGGUACACUGUUUACGGACUUUGCAAGCACUAGCUCCAAGCUUCCCAAAGCCUUGGGCAGUCUUCCUCUACAUGGAUCUGGUGGGCUUCAGUUAGACGAGGAGGAUCUGCGUCGCCUGUGCGCCGUCAACCUUCGUGCCAUGAAAGUGAUCGGCAACGAAUCAACUGAAGCGCUUGUGGCUCAGACCAUCCGAAAUCUGGUCUUCCUCGGCCGAUGUUUUGCUGCAAAUGGAAUCAAGUGGCAAGGGCUCAAAAAUACGAAUGGAGCUGAGCAAGCAUCUGAAGACGACGACGAAGACGAGGAGGACGAUGAUGAGAGUGAUCCUACUGUCAAGAAGGAACCUCCAUCCGCGUUGACCUAUAUACUCAUGCGUCUUUCCAAGCUGACACUUCAGCCAACCCAAUCUCCGCCUUCUCGCCUCGCAGCCAUGACCUGCAUCUCCACUCUCCUUCCGCAUCUUCCUUCGACAACAACACUUCCUAUACAGCCCAUUCUACGACCACUGUACGCCCUCACAGACCCAAGUAUUCCCAACCCGCCCACCGCCGCGUACAAAAGCCUCGAAGAGAAAGCGCGUGAGCUUAUGGAGCAGAUUCAGCGUCUGUUGGGCAAUCAAGCUUACAUCGCCGCAUUAUCGGUCACUCGUGCGGAGGCCAAGGCAAGAAGGGAUGGUCGUAGGACGAAGAGAAGGAUCGAGGCUGUCAGUAAGCCGGAGCAGUGGGCGAAAGAAAAGAAGAGGAGGCAUGACACGAAGAAGAUCAAAGCGAAGCUCAAGGGUGAGGAGGCGAGAGGUCGAAGGAGAGGAUGGUAGUCGCUUUCAGAGAAGAUGACAAUGCGAAGAAAAUAGAUGUAUAGAUCAUAGAUUCUUCAUAAUGAUGCGCUCAUACGCUAUGAAAAAGACAGCCUAAAAUUUCGAG